AUGGCAGAAUCGGGCUGCGAAAUACCAUUGAAAAUGAAGGAUGACGAAAAGAAAGGGGAAAUCUACAGGCAGUUCUCUCGAGUGACCAUGAUUAUCGAAGCAUACGGUAGACAAUUCGAACAACUGGAGAUGCGCAUGGCAAUUGAAGACAAACGACAGCGACAUUCCGUUCUCGAUGUGGAUGUGACAGAAACGAUAAAAGAUCUCGAAUACAGACUGUUCGCUGCUAAUCAGAAGCUUGCUGUUUGCGAAAAAGAAAGGGCCGAGUGGAAAGACAUCAUAGAACGAAUGGAAGUUCGAGAAGAACAGGCAAAACAGAAGGUGAUGAAGCUUACAUAUAUUUGUGUAGUUAUUGAAAAUAAUUUGGAACUCACCGAUGAAGUGAACCGCUGGCGUCGUGAAUUGGAAGGACUGAAAGAGGAGAAAGGUGAAAACGCAGAAAAUGGUCUCCGAUUAUCGUGCAGAACUUGGAUCAAAGUCCAUGGAACUCGAAAAGAUCUCCAAAUCUGUAAGUGA